UCAGUCUGGAUGUGUCUGAUGUCUUUGAUGAAUCUCUGAACAGGGAGACCCACAGCACUUUCAUGCUGGGCCUCGACAGUGUAAGUACCUGCAGCGCUAACAGUGAGGAACUGGAUGAGAACUCAUCCCACAUCCUGGGGAGUAACAGCAGUCUUUAUAAAGCUGUACAAAAGCCAACAAAGAAUGAGAAUAGUGGAAAAGCUUCCAGGUUUUUAGUAUUCCCAAAAAUGACAUCUUUCAAGAAAACUAAGCCUGCCUCAUGGGAAAAUCAGGGAAGCAGCAGUAUCUUUGGCAGCAAGGCAAAGAUGGAAGAACUGGAUGUUGGGAAAGAUGAUGAAGACACUGCAAGUUUACUGUCUUUCAAAAGUUGUUCUUCUGGUUUAGUCUUCCACAGGAAGGAAAGCUACACCUCUGAGUACUCCGAUGAUGAUGAUUUAUUUUAUGAGAGACCUUCAGGAUUUUUCAACAGAUUAAGCCUGAGGAAGGCCUCUGGCUCUGGUCGGAUACUGAUGGAAGAUGCAGAUCGACAAGUUUCAGGUUCAUCUGAAAACAAUGACAGUGAACCUGUGGAGUAUUCAGGGAUUAGAAAACCAUUCCCUGAAAAUGAACACAAAAGAAACAAAACGCCUGAGGGUAAGAAGUUCAGGACAAGGUUGGCCUUGGCACACAAAUCCCUCUCAAGCUUAUUUGAGUCCAAAUGUCCAGAAAAGGAAAGAACUGAGCAAAGCUCAAAAGCAUCAGUGAAAAAUGAAAAGGAGAAAGCCAAACUUCGCCAGAGCACCUGGAAAGCUUUUCUAAAAAGCAAGGAGGCAGAUGGACUAAAAAGACCUGUCUUAGUAAGUUUAUCAUCCACACAGGAGAGUCUUAAUGCAACUGGUGGCCAUGUGUUAACAUCAGUGGAGCGACAGCAUAGUUCCAGUGGACACACUUUUUUAAAAACAGAAACAGAUAAUGGCUCCUUAACAAAUUCCAACUAUUUUGACAGCUCUGUGGAGCCUGUUGAUGUCUCUUUACCUGCACGUAUGUGGAGAAGACGAAUACAGUCCCAUGACUUGGGUAUCAGAUACUCACAGAGUUCAGACUGUGAUGAACAGCAGGAGGUUCUGAGCAACAGUUUAAAUACUUCUCUAGAGGAAUACUGGAUGAAAUCUCCAUUUAGCCCCACUGACUUGCAGUUGACAUUUAGUCAGUUAAGUCCAUCAUGUCCCCAGCUCUCCAGUUCUGAUGGUAAAGACAUGCCUUGUAGGCCCAUGAGUCCCAAACCUCAGAGUUCACGAUCCACUUCUCAGCACAAGAACUUGCGUUAUCCUGGGCGUGUGUGCGCCGCUUCUAUGAUCUCUCUUGAGAACAGCUCUGGAGUUGAAAGCAGUCUGGAGGCUCCUGAGAGACCGAAGACACUGAAACCCAGAGGAAGUCUCUUACACUCGUUGGACAACUUCCAGAGGGAUGACAGUGGCAUAAGCAGUCAAUCCCAGAUCAGCUUAAAUACAGCUUCUUCCAUUAGUGACAUGCUCCAAGAUGAGUGUGUAAAACAGGAGUCUAAACAGCCAUGUCAAACAGCACCUGGAAAGAGGCCAAAUAAGAAAUGGGUUCCCCAUCGCAAAAGGAGGCCCCCCCGGGUCCCACCAUGCCCUGCCUCCACCCUGGAGAGCAGAGCCCGCAGGCUCUCCUUCCUUGCUCCAGAUGAAAAAGCCAAGGAGAUACCAGAGAGGAGGAGGAAGAGACCCAAACCCCUCUAUAAGUGCUUCAGCUUCGAUGAUGUUUGGAUGGAGAGGAAUCAAAAAAGGAAGCUAGAGAAGGAGACACAGCCAGAGGGAGGGGUUCAAUUGCAACACCUCCCACAAGACCCCUCACAAGCUGGAAUAAGUCCAUCCAUCACAUCUCCUGUUGCCUUUGACAUCCUGCCACUGAAGCUGCAUCCGUUUUCCCAGAGCACCCCGACAGGCCUGGACUGCGUGGGCUGGAAACAGCGCAUCUCCACUCCAGUGAUCACUGAUGGAGCCCUGGACAAGACAGCCCUGACGGACGAUGUGGGGAGCGAGGAGGAUCUGUACGAGGACUUCCGCAGCUCCAACCACCGCUACGGCCACCCCGGGGGCGGCGGCGAGCAGCUGGCCAUCAACGAGCUCAUCAGCGAUGGCAGCGUGGUGUACGCAGAAGCCCUCUGGGACCACGUCACCAUGGAUGACCAGGAGCUGGGAUUCAAGGCCGGCGAUGUCAUCGAAGUAAUGGAUGCCACCAACAAGGAGUGGUGGUGGGGGAGGAUUCUGGACAGUGAAGGCUGGUUUCCAGCCAGCUUUGUUCGCCUGCGAGUGAACCAGGAUGAGCCCAUGGAAGAUUAUCCCCUGAAGGUGGAGGGGGGCAAAGAGGAUGACUCCAGAUGCUUUGGGAUGGGCCAGACCACCAAAGACCAAAUGAGGACCAAUGUCAUCAAUGAGAUCAUAAGCACAGAGAGAGACUACAUCAAGCACCUGAAGGACAUUUGUGAGGGUUACAUUAAGCAGUGCCGCAAGAGAGCAGACAUGUUUACAGAAGAACAGCUGAAGACAAUCUUUGGGAAUAUUGAGGACAUCUACAGGUGCCAGAAGAAAUUUGUUAAAGCACUAGAGAAGAAAUUUAACAAAGACCACCCACAUUUGAGUGAAGUUGGCUCCUGCUUCUUGGAAUAUCAAACAGAGUUUCAGAUCUACUCCGAGUACUGCAACAACCACCCCAACGCCUGCCUGGAGCUGUCACGCCUCACCAAGGUGAACAAGUAUGUUUACUUCUUCGAGGCCUGCCGCCUGCUGCAGAAGAUGAUUGACAUCUCCCUGGAUGGCUUCCUACUCACCCCUGUGCAGAAAAUCUGCAAAUACCCCCUGCAGCUGGCCGAGCUGCUCAAGUACACCAACCCCCAGCACAGGGAUUUCAAGGAUGUGGAGGCUGCCUUAAACGCCAUGAAGAACGUGGCUCGGCUCAUCAACGAGAGGAAGCGGCGGCUGGAGAACAUUGACAAAAUCGCUCAGUGGCAGAGCUCCAUAGAGGACUGGGAGGGAGAAGAUGUCCUAGUCAGAAGCUCAGAACUCAUCUAUUCUGGGGAAUUAGCCAAAAUCUCCCACCCUCAAGCCAAGAGCCAACAGAGGAUGUUCUUCCUCUUCGAUCACCAGCUUGUCUGCUGCAAGAAGGACCUUCUGCGCAGGGACAUCCUGUACUACAAGAGUCGGAUCAACAUGGAUGACAUUGAAAUACUGGAUGUAGAAGAUGGCAAAGACAAGGACUUCAAUAUCAGUGUGAAAAAUGCAUUUAAGCUGCACUGCAGAGACACUGAGGAAGUCCAUUUAUUCUGUGCAAAAAAGCCUGAGCAGAAACAGCGCUGGCUGAAGGCAUUUGAGAAUGAAAAGAGGCAGGUGCAGCUCGACCAGGAGACAGGUUUUUCCAUCACGGAGGUGCAGAAAAAGCAGGCAAUGCUGAAUGCCAGCAAGCAGCACCAUGCUGGGAAGCCCAAGGCUGUCACCAGGCCCUACUACGACUUCCUGAUGCGGCAGAAGCACCCCACCCUGCCCACCACGCUCCCUCAGCAGCAGGUCUUCAUGCUGGCAGAGCCCAAGCGCAAGCCCUCGAACUUCUGGCAGAACAUCAGCAGGCUGACGCCCUUCCGGAAAUAGGGGCCUGAACCCCUUCUGAGUUUGUGUUGUGCCUGAACCCCUUCUGAGAAAGCACUUUAUCCAUCAGUCCUGGCAGGUGGAGCCCAGGUUCAUCCAAUCCUGUGUUUACAGAGGAUGGCACGUGUGCUCCUGCCUUCCCUAUUUAUUUUGCAGCCCGGCUGACCCGCUGGCUCCCAGGUGAGGCCAUGUGGGCGCUGGCACACCGCGGGCAGCGGUGCCACAGAGCCAGCCCUGCACUGCCCAGCAGACAAAGCUCCAGGAGCACGCAGCAGGGAGCUGGACAGGCUGCAGCCCAAGAGAUUUACCUGUCAACUGUACUUGGACUCACUCCUUCCUGCUGUGCCCACCACUGCUGGCUGGCAGCUGCCACAGGGGAUGGCAGCUGAUGGACCUGCUGGCCCAGUGGCCACUGCCGUGCUCGGAACAACAGUUCAGAGUCCAUGAUGAGGAGGGAUGAACCCUUCUGCUCUGCCCACCCCAUGCCCUGCAUUUCUCAGAGCUAUGAUCCUCCUCCACAUGUCCAACUAACUCAGCAGCCUCUGCAGGCACUCAGAGCACAGUGAGCAUUGCACUGUGACCUCCUCCCUCCCUUUAGUCCAACAGCACCGGUGAGAGGUGUCCUACAUUAAACUGUGCCAACCUGCAGCAUGAGUCACAUCAAAGAAUCUCUCUAGUGGGUUUGAGCUACAUACGUUAGAGAAAAAUGUGCCUAAUUAAUACCAUACUCAAUUCUUUAGAUUCUCGUCUCUCCAUCAUUCUGCCAUAUUUCCUGGCCAAUGAAAAUGCUCAUUGUUUGUAAUGUGUUUAUUUAUGGUAAAAAUCAGAACUGUGUAUUUUGUAAGUCCGUAAUUGUUCUUGUCAGAUGUUGUUAACUUGAUGCUUGUUCUGUCUGUUUAAUCUUUCUUUUCUUUUGUUAAAGAAAGGUCAAUAUUUGCAAACCUAGCUCCCAGAAGUCAGAGUCCGCUGUUCAACUCUGCAACAUCAUUGUUACGCAAACUCCCACAGACCCCUCAAAGUCAAGGAGUGUUACUGACACUUUUAAAAAUGGAAAACCACUUGAUAAAGGCCUACAUUUGGCAUAAAGAGCCUCACUUUAAAUACUCAAGUUUCAGAUGGUGGCCAAAAAGAAUGAAUUUAAACCCUGGUUAGCAAAAAGAAAGAUUUGCCUUACCAUAACGAGAGUUAGAAGCCAUACUGACUGAAUUCCCUAGAUUAGGAGACAUCCUGGGACAGUAGAAGGAAGACACUGGGUCAUUCCAGUUCAAGUGUGAGUGAGCACUAACUGCAGAGCUCAGAAAUCCAGCGUUUGUUGAUGCUGUAGCUGACCAAGGUCUGGUCAUCCAAGGAUAUCUGAAUUCAGUAGCAUGUACAAAGUCCUUCUUGCACUAUAUCUUCCCCCCAGACCAGGGGCAACAUUUAAUUUCAUAAAGAAACUUGUAAAAGUGA